AUGUUAAGCCAAAAAAGGUAAGGUUACACUUUAUCCUACAGCUACCUAUAGCCAACAAAUAAGGUAGAAGUUCAGUAACUCCAACUCACCUAAAAAGGGUUCGUUUUAUACAACUGGACAAUUACAACGCUGUAAGUCUCGUUUACAUGUGACUACCGUAAUAUUAAAAUACCUACUUUGAUGUUGUAAAUGUAGCCAAUGUCACUCAUACUUCCCAGAACUCAAUUAUUAAUAACACAUGGGUGUUCUUUCCACCUGAUAUUACGAUAUGCAGUUAUAGUAUUCAUAACAUGCCAUUAAGCAUUAUAAUAACGUGAUAACGUAAUAACUAUUACAAACUCUUGAAACAUGUUUUGUAGCCUUGUAAUUAUGGUAAAACAGUAAUUUAAUUUUUUAUUUCAAAAUAGAAAAUAAUUAUGAAAAAAACCUUUUUGCAAUAUUUUGAUACGAAAAUGGGUGGUUUUUUUAAUAUGAAUUUGUUAAACGAUUGGCGAUUCUAUUCAUGUUGUGUAGCCCUAGGCAUAAUAUUGCUUGUUUGUGUCUUCAUGAUCUUAUUUUAUGGAUAUUGUCAACCAGGCGAAUGUAAGUUCAGUAAAGCUGUCACCGAAUGGAAAGUCAGACUCUGCUAAAGCUAGUUUCCUUUUUGAAAAUCAGUUCAAAAGCGAAUUCAUUACAUAACAAACUUUAAAUCAAGCUUUAAAGUACAUUAUUUUUCAAAUCUUGCAAUUACUGUAACUUUUCAGCUAUGUUUAUGGAACGUGCUAGACUAAUCAAUGGAAUUCGAACGGCUUGUGUAGCCGAAGAUUUGAACGAUGAAACCAGAUUUGAGCACAAAGGUCCUCUAAUGUUCAACAUCGACCAUUUUGUCAUCAGAUCGGUAAGCUACUGUAGAACCAUUAUUUAAAAGACCAUUUAAUAACCACAAAUAAUAUUAAAAGAAAAUAAUUCACUUUUCUAUAACUUUCAGGAAAUGAGUGAAGAAGACACAACAUCAACUGCUCCUCAUGUUAAAAUAGGCCGUAGUGGACAUGUUAUCUAUGAAAUAGACAAAAAAUCACAGAACAACUACAAAGACAUACCUAAAUCACCCAACAGUGACACCACAGAAAGCGCAUGA